UUUCAUUUGUGCUCGAGUCGGCCAACCAACUGGAUGUUUUGAGCGCUUGUAAACAGUAAAACGAGCUGCAGCUUCAAGAACAAGAAAAUACAUACAUACAAGCAUAUACUGCCAUCUAACAGUGCCCAUUACUUAUACUGCAAUGUGUAAAUUCACCAAUAGACUCUUUGUCUUCACGUUGCUGACGUUCGUAGCCCGCACGGCGUUGGUUGAUGCUGCAGUUGCGCGAGCUCAACACAGAGGCGCUGCAGAUGCUAAACUAUUCGAUCUUCUAUCACUAAGCGAUAACGACAACAACUAUGAUUUGCAUUACGACCAACGACAAAAGGGUCAUGAGAAUUUACGUGUGCGCAUGGAUGGAUUUUUCAUUGAAAUGCCACCGGAAGACGAGGGGAAAGAAGAAUUGACGGAGGAUUUAUUAAAUGAAAUACUUUCCUAUGUCUUAUUCUAUGGUGGCGGUGAAGGUGAGGAGCUGCUACUGAGUUUGGCUGAUGCGGAUAGUAAGCGGACGACGACUACAGAGUCACCUGACAAACCACCACUGCAUGAGUUUUGGUUUCUAAAGGGUAAUAAAUUGGAAACGGAUCAUCGCGCUGGCGAACAGCAGGUUGGUGGGGCGGAGGGCGUUCAGAACAAGCACAAUAUCGAAGGCAGAAAUGCGGAAAUUUUUAAGAGCAGUGGCUUACUGGGCGUAAAUCGAGUUCCAGAGGCAAAACGUGUGGGUGUGAUUACAAAACAACAUUUCAGCACUCUGCUUAAUUUAUUGAAACAUAUGCGUCGAAACUAAGCGCACUUAGAGUAAUAAAUAUAUGAGUAGCGGUUACGGAAACAAUAAAAAAAUAUACUUUUAGUAACAAAUAUGCAUUAUUUACAAAUAUAAGAUACAUACAUAUAAAUAAGAGUACGUAAAUUAUAAAAGGAAAGAGUUAAAGACUGAUGUCCACUAUAAAUAAUUAUGACGUUAUUAAUUUUACACAAUUUAAA